AACGAAUACAAGCUGGCAAGUGGCAACUGGCAACACACAACCAGUUUGACGAAUAUAAUGUUACGGAACGCUAGUGCCGUUUCGCUUCAUUGAAAACAAUCUGAUUAUUAUUGUUUUACGCGAGUUUUAUUAGAACAUGAGUGUCUAUGGUUAUGUACAUGAAUAAAGAUAAGAAUAAAUGUUAACUGAAAAGCCCAAUAGUGCGUAUGUUCAAGUUUCCACGUGAAUUUGUACAUUUUAUACGAGUGUGUAAUCUUGAAUCGACGACUUAGCGUAGUUGGACGGUUGUUGAAAAUGUGAGUUAAACAAUUGGUGAACUUAGGUCUUAGGGAUUAGAGACUGAAAAUUUACGAACUUUUAACAAUGAAGUGGUUUGCGUUUAUAAUAUUGUUGCCGGCAUGUUUUGCACAUCUUAAUGUUUAUUUGAGUAGUGCUGAAGUAUGGAGACUUUUAGGUCUAACAGCAGAACUGUUCUACGUCCGUGAUGGUCAAAUAAACUUCUACGCGUUGAACUUCGUGGUGCCAGUCCCAGCCACUAUCAGCGACUUACACUUCACUUGGCAGAGCCUGACCAGACGACCGUUACCAUAUACUCUGCAUGUCGAUGUUGUAGAAAACGCACAAGCAUUACACACACCAACAUUUAAUAUAUCAAGCGAAGGAUUUGUACCCACCGAGCCACAGACAUGGCGAGUAGAUCUACCCUGUGUUGGCAACAUGGCGGCCGAAGUCGACGUCACCAUAUCAUUGAAUGUCUCGAUCGGUUCCUCAUCGACGGCUCUUCAUUUCCGGAGACGGAAGAUAUGCCUCAAAGAAGCUCCUAAACCGGCGGUGAGAGUGGAUAGCGUACCCCACGCCCCUACUUCCGCUGAUAUAUUUUACGCUAGUGCUGGAUGUGCUGGGGCCGCUUUGCUGAUAGCAGCUGUAGCAGCUGCAGCAUGUAAGGCGAGGGCAAAGAAACUUCGCAGAGCUCGAAGUGAUGAACAGGAUGCUCACGCAUUCUUGCCCGACUCGUCGUGCAAGUCUGCCGCCAGUUAUACCAGCUAUCGAAGGCCCACUUCCAUACCAGCAACGGCCGCGGAGGAGAGGGCGAGGGACCUACAGCAGAGAAUUGCUGAACUCACUAUACAGAGGUGUCGUGUGAGAUUGCGCUCGGUGGCUAUGGAAGGAACAUUCGGAAGGGUUUAUAGAGGAACGUACGCUGAUGAGGAGGCAAGAGAACAAGAGGUUCUUGUAAAGACUGUCGCUGAACACGCCUCGCAAGUGCAGGUAUCACUUUUACUGCAAGAAGGUUGUAUGCUGUACGGACUUCAUCAUGAACGUGUACUGUCUGUCCUCGGCGUCAGUAUCGAGGAUCAAACUGCUCCAUUUCUACUUUACCCCUGGAGUGCUGGUUGGAAGAAUCUGAAACAGUUCCUCCUCUCGUGCCGUGGAGUAAAUAUGGGAGUCGCCUCGGGUGGGCCGCCACCUCCACCUUUGACAACACAGCACGUCGUCAGAAUGGCGUUACACGCUCUGGAUGGUUUACUGUACUUGCACACUCAACAUGUGCUACAUAAAGAUAUAGCAGCAAGGAAUUGCAUAGUGGAUGAGAACCUCCGAGUCAUGAUCGCGGAUAACGCGUUGUCGCGGGAUCUCUUCCCAGCGGACUACCAUUGUUUGGGUGACAAUGAGAACAGACCAAUUAAAUGGCUGGCUUUGGAAGCGUUGGCCAAGAAACAAUUUAGUCCGUCAGCGGAUGUGUGGGCGCUGGGGGUGUUGUUGUGGGAGUUAACGACGUUGGCACACCAACCUUACGCUGAAGUAGAUCCGUUUGAGGUCGCAGCAUACUUGAGAGAUGGUUACCGGUUGCAGCAACCAGCGAACUGCCCCGAUGAAUUGUUUGCAGUGAUGGCGUACUGCUGGGCGAUGUCGCCCGACGAUCGACCGACUCUCCCUCAACUGCAAAUAUUCCUUCGGGACUUCCACACUCAGUUGACCAGAUUCGUCUAACAUUCCCAGUAUAUCCAAAGACGACAAUAAAUUAGUGAAUAGUGUAUAGUGUUCCAGACUAUUCGUCUGACGAAAGAGACUGAUAUUUAAAUGUGUAUCGAAUUGUAAAUUAUAUAGAUGUUUAUAUAAUCUGUGACACAUUCCUGUACCUACGGAUCGCGGGCUGGGACCGAGCGGAGGUUUUACGAUCUGCGGUAUUUUUGUAACGGAUUUAAUAAAUCUAUUUAACGAUCGUCUAUUUCGGACACAACGGAAUAUCGCAUUUUACAUUUCAUUCGCUUCACGAUCGACGCGGAUGUACGUAUGUAUAGGAAAGUGUCACUGAAGGGUCGUGUAUCUAAUUCUAAACCUCAUACUGCCAUAUUAGUUUAAAAGAUUUAUAUGUAAAUAAUGUUAUCGUAACUGAAUACGUAUAUGAAUGUGCCUCAUUGAUGUUAACAUUUAUAUAUUGCUCUAGAUACUUCACUGGGUUCUGUAAAGACAUCUAACAUUCACAGAUUCGAUCCAAGGGACGGAAUCGUUCUCGUAUGUCAGCGAUGUUUCGAAAGUGCGUUGGAAAUUUUGGAUGCUUUUUCUUGACGGUUUGAUGAAAAGGGAAAUAUAUAAUGAAUAUUGUGAAAGAUAUCAAAAAUAAUCAUCUUUCGCAUUUUAUGAACUCCUUUUAUAACACCUGUAUUUACUUACCGCUUACGCACUCUUGAAUUUCACUGACAGUAUUUCGAUUGUUUCCGUGUCACCGAUGUUUUGUUUGAUGUUUCACUAUAACAAAUCUUAACAUUGAUUUUAUAUGAAUAAACACUUUUUGUUCCAUUUUGUAUUUUGAUUGUUGACAGAAAGUUUUUUUUUUUUUAUUCAAAGCUGCAACUGCCAAAUAAUUGUUGUGCCAAUCAUUUAGUACCAUUAAUCGGUAAUUGUAUCAUGUACAAAGUCGUUUCGGAAAACAUUUUAUGUUGCUGACGAAACAAAUCAUUGAAGUUAGCUGUGUAUACGACAAGUUAACGUAAAAUUUUAAAUAAUUAAUGGAAAAUAUUAUGUAUUAGAAAAUAUGUCAGACUAUUUUAUUUUCUAUAAUUACGUGUUAUUGAUUGUUCAUUCAUAUGACGGACGUAAUUUAUUUGAGGCGUUUAUUUUAAGUUGUAAAUUUGUAAAUAGUACAAAUGUCAAUAUACGAGUGGAUAUUUACGAAA